AUGGAGGAGACUACGUCUGAGCAGCAGGUGCCGUCGGAGAUUUCAUUCGUGCAAAGUCUGGAAUUUAACGACCGGUGCUUGUCGGAUUGGCAGAUCCACGCCUUGCUAGAGCAUGGAGCCAUCCCUGCCGAACUUGAUGUCCACAAAACAGCCGUUGGACGCCUCGAGGGUGUCGGCCGGGAUCCUAAGCAGCCUGACAAUAAGGACUUGGACCUCGAUAAUAAGGACCUGGAGGAUAAGGGCCUGGACCUCGCGUGUAGGACCAUCAAUAGAGGCAGUCGCGGGAUAGGACUGAGGAAAAAAAGUCCUGGCGCGACCCGUCGCCAAGAGACAAGCCAACCCGCACCCGGCCACUGUAAAGGCGAUUCCAGAGAAACGGCCAUCAAAGAGGGGGCGGAAGAUAUAGUCGCAGCCGGCCGGGGUUGGGGAUGCCAUACGUGGGAUCGGUUGUUGCGGCAGCUGGAGUCUGAAGGCCGACUGCCAUUCCGAGUGGAUGUCGAAGGCUUAGGCCCCAAGACUGUGGACCGGCAAAGUUGCCUGGCCGCACUGGAUUUUCGGGGAGAUGGUCUUCCGUAUCCGCCCUACGAGAUUCAGGUGUUGUGGGAAGAGAUGGGCGCUGGAUACCCUUCGGCAGCGUCUUUCCUCUACACAGUGCCUUACAAGUUUAAUCGGUACAUCGACCUGUACUUUUAUUGGCACUACCUGUACGAUGCAGGCAUGCCUUGCUCCUUCUACACCUGGUUGAGAUUGGAGGACGCUGAACCCCAGACACCCGUGAAACGUACCAGUAUCGUGAGCCCUUCUUUACUGAGCAAGGAACAACUGUCCACGGCUCGAGCAAUCUACCGAAAGACCUACGGACAGAUCAAACCUUUAUUCGCUAUCCACGUCUGGGAGGCGUUCAAUCUCCUGGGAGAGUCGGCGGAGGAAGCCGUGGGUGUCAUCUCCGUGGAGAUCAAAAGGGUCGUGGGCAUCCCUGAGGCCUACAAAGACCAGGGCUUGAUGAUCAAGGCCGAGUAUGGCGACUUCCUAGGCUCCACACAUGCGGCGACUCCUGACUACGAAGACGGCAGACUAGCCGUCACAUGGUCGAUUGCGUUCGAUUUCCCCUACAAGAAGCUUGCGGACGCAGAAGAUCAAGACGUUAGGUUUGAGCUGUUGGCUCUCGAGGAAGAGUACCUGGCGUCGGCAGGUCUGGAAAUAGAACAUGCUAUACAGCUAGGUCAGUACGAGUCCGUUCAGCGUUUGCCGUUGACAGCGCGGGGAACAAGGUUUCGAGGCUCGUUUUUGGAAAUAGCGAUGAAAUUCGUGGAGGCGCCUUGCCAUGCGCCGAAGCAUAUGGACAUGCGCGUCGAGAAGGCGCAAAAGCUACUAAUCGAUGGAGAGGAGGCCGAUCCGUCUGACGAGUUUUAUGUGACCCUUCAUAAAGGCGAGGGCGAGACGCGUUUGGGGAUGACUCCGCCGGCAAGCGGCGUCGAACCUGAGUGGCACCAUCACAUUAAGGCUCCGUAUGAAGGCGAGCGCAUGUUGGUACUUCAUUGUUUCCGAAAGUCAAAGGUUGAAGGAGUGCCCGACCUGCAUAUAGGCGAAGCCGCACUGGACGUUUGGGGGAUUUUGCGGGAGCCGUCUGUGGACGGCGAGUGGAUGAAGCCCGGCGGUCUAAUUAUAAGCAGUGGAGGAUCUCAUACUGAGAGUCCCCGAGGUAAGAUAUCUCUAACUAUUCGCCUCUGGGACGACCAGCCGGGUACAAUGAAGAUGUUGAAAACCGGCACCAAUCUGGGGGCGAUGCAGAACGAUGGAGACCGGGACGGCGCGGGCCACGGAGACCAGCACGGCGCGAACAACGAUGUAUUAGACCCCAGCAAGGCACGUUCACUAGCUAACGAUGCGAAGAAGCUUGCUGACCAGGCGGCGAGUGACGCGCAGCGGGCGAACAACGCGGCCUCGGACGCAGACUUGGCUGCGCGCAUGCACCCGAGUAACCGCGAACUGGACGACUUGGCGAACGAGGCGGAUGAGGCGGCGAAGGACGCGGAGAAAGCUGCAAAACUGGCCGAGCGCCUGGCGGACGAGGCGGACGAGUUGGCGCACAGCCACCGGCCGCCGAAAGCCGCGAUGCAGGACGUGCUAGACAGCCUGAAGAAGAAGGCCGAUGAUGCGCGCCGGAGCCGGGAGAAGGCGGAGGAGGCGGCGAAGCAGGGGUUGCAGCUGAGUGCCGACGAGUUGGCCAAUCAGGCCCGGGCGCACGCGCAGAAGGCCGGCGACUAUGCCACGCAGACCGGCCGCAUCGCGGACAGUCACAAGGACGUCGCCAAGUUGGCCCAGCUGGCCAGCGGCGCGCGCGGCGACCAUGCGACGGGGCUCCAGGCUGCGCGGGACGCUCGCAAAGAGGCUAAGAAUUGUGCAGAGGCUUGCGCAAACGCCGACAAGAAGGGUCGCAGGCGCGACGACCCGCUGACUGAAGCGUAUAACGCGAUGAAGGCGGCUGAACAGGCCAACAAGGACGCGGCUGAGAUGGAGGAGGAGGCGCACCUCAAGUGGAAAAAGGCGAAGAAACUUGCUCAGAAGCGCUUGGUGGAAAUGGAGCGCGAACAGGAGGACGAACUGAAACGGAAGCAGAAACAGAUCGAGGUCGAGGCCGAGGCAAAGGCACGGCUCCGCGAAGAGAAGGCGGAACAGGACCGGUUGAACCGGCAGAGGUCUUCCCUCGUGCCGGGUGAGAGCGACGCCUACAAUUUGGCGCAGGGCAGCCGCCUCUAUAAACCGCCCCAGAGCCCCGAGGCCGUGAAGUUCAACCAGGGCGGCGUCUUCAGAAACUGCUGCAACUGGGGCAACCCGCGAACCAACCCCGAAUACCCCUCCAGCGACGUCUCCAAGGAAUACGUCGUCGGGGCCACGGGCACGAGUGCUGCCGUCGUUCUCGACGCCGAAAAGUACGGACUGCCCGAGACUACUGGCUACACUGUUGAAGGCCCGCUGCUGUACAGCGGCAGAAAGACUCCCUGGUGCUGGUGCUUCGGCUGCCAAUGCUGCCAAUGCUGCGGCGAAUGCUAG